AUGGCUUCUGAAGGCCUGGCGGGGGCGCUGGCGGACGUGUUGAGGGGUGGGGGGCCGCGCGUGCAGAGCUGCGAUUCGGCGCCGGCCCUGGAGGAGCCGGUGGGCCCCGUGCAGCUGCGGAAGGACGUCUGCUACGUGGUGCUUGCCGUGUUCCUCAACGAGCAGGAUGAGGUACUGCUGAUCCAGGAGGCCAAGCGGGAGUGCCGAGGGUCCUGGUACCUGCCAGCAGGGAGGAUGGAGCCUGCGGAGACCAUUGUGGAGGCCCUGCGGCGCGAGGUGGAGGAGGAGGCAGGGCUGCACUGUGAGCCCGUGACACUGCUGUGUGUGGAGGAACGGGGCCCUGCCUGGGUGCGAUUUGUGUUCCUUGCUCGCCCCACAGGUGGAAUUCUCAAGACCUCCAAGGACGCAGACGCGGAGUCCCUGCAGGCUGGCUGGUACCCUCGCAACUCCCUGCCUACUCCGUUGAGGGCCCAUGACAUUUUGCACCUGGUGGAGCUAGCAGCCCGCUAUUGCCAGCAAGCCACCCACCCUCCAGUUCUACCCCAGGAGCUGCCCUGCAGUCUGGUCUGCCAGCGGCUGGUGGCCACCUUCACCAGUGCUCAGACGGUGUGGGUAUUGGUGGCCACUGGGGGGAAGCCACACUUGCCCAUCACUGCUUGUGGCUUCACCCCCACGGAGCAGAGGGGCGGCAUGAAGAUGGCCGUCCUGCGGCUCCUACAGGGAUGUCUGGCCCUGCACCACUUGGUAGUGGAGACCAAGGGAUUGUUUGGACUGCAGCACCUGGGCAAAGACCACUCAGACGGCAUCUGCCUGAAUGUGCUGGUGACCGUGGCUUUCCGGAACCCGGGUGUCCAAGAUGAGCCCCCAAAGAUUCAGGGCGAGAACUUCUCAUGGUGGAAAGUGGUAGAGGAAGCCCUACAAAGCCAGCUCUUACAGAGGCUUCGGGAAGCCUCCGUCAUCCCAGUCAACAGAUAGCACGGGGCAGAGAGCAGGUGAGAGGCUGGGCCUCUGUGCCCUCCUCCCCAGCCCUCUGUCGCCUCUCCUCUGAGGGAGGCCAGACGUUGGAGGUCAGGGAUCUUGUUGCGCUGGGAGCGGAGAUGGUGGGUUGCCCUGCCCCUCAGGGGACUUCCCCCUCUCCCUGCAUCACAUUUCUCUAGAUGGACAGCGCUUUUCACCAAGCAGGGAGCCGGACCUCGGAAACUCAGCUGCCCUGAGGGCAAACAGCUGCAGGGAAUGUGGGGUCUUUCAGAACCGGAGAUGACAGUCUUCACUUCCUGUGCCCACCUCCAUAAAGGCCUAUAUCGGAGUCCUCUCGGGCCUCAGCACACUGAGCAGGGCCAUUAGCAGAGUAGGCCCUGGGCUAAAAUAAAUGGGCGUGGCUUGUUUUGCCUUCUUGCUGUCAGAGAGCUGCUGCCCUCCAUCCCCACAGCCACCCUGGACUUGCCCACCCAGUGUGCCGGAGGCGAGUGGCUGGGGUGGCAAGGCCUCAGCUAUAAGUGACCCCGCUGGGGUGCUCUGCACUUCACUGGCCAGGGACUGGGGGUGGGGGCAACAUAACUAUUCAGAUAUGUCUCUAACGCCUUCCAAGUUUGAACAGUGAGAAGACUAGGAGAGAAACUUCCGGGGCGAGUCGUAGAUGCCAUGCCGGCUCUGCCUCGCUGCUCUGUUUCUCCCCCAUUUCUCUGGCUCCUCUUCCUUCCGACCCGGCUGGCUCACGCCUCUGCCUUUUACCACCGCACCCCAAGCAGGACUAAGACCUUUCUCUGUCUCUUCAACCCCACGGUAGGAUUUAAAGGAAAGAAGGGAAGAAAAAAAAACCCUCAAAUUUAAGGGAAAGCCAAAGGAAGUGAACAAAGAAAAUAAAUCAAGUACUCGCGAUUGUG